GGCAUUAUGUGUUUGAGAAAACCCAUAUCAAUUAUAUUAAUUUUCACCAAUGUAGUUUUUCUGGUGCAGUUUUUAGAAAUACGAUCGGAAAAUGAGAUAGAAGCUGGAACACUGAAUGCCACAGAACAACUGCUCGAGUUAAUUGUUAAGAUAACUGCUGAUCCCCAUCACUGGAGACAGGCAUUAAAUUUAAUUGAGAAAACAAAGAAUUAUGCUGAAGUAAAAAACAGAAAAGAAGUUUCAAACAAGCCACUUCAACAAGAUCUAGAAGAGUUGCGAAACUUGGCCAAAGAUCGCAAAAAACCUCAUUAUUACUACACCUAUAACUUAAAAACAGCACAAAAGAAUAAUUCUUCAGCAACUUAUUCGAAAAUUAAAAAGGUAGGUAAUGAAAUGACUACUAACAAUAAUGGAACACUUAUGAGAAACAUGAACGCCUCUAUAAAAAAUAUAAAUCUAAAUACAAACAAUCAACAAAUUUUACAAAACAACCAUAAUUUCAAUAAGGAUAAUACAUUCGCUUACGAAAAAUUCAAAGGUCAAGCGCGAAAUUAUCCUCUUUUGAAUAAAAGACCGAAAGCUUAUAUCGCUAUUUCCCUCAUUGCGCAAAAACCUUUAAGAGAAGAAUCGAUCUUAGACCAGGAACUUAAAUACUUAAAACAGUGGCCCCAUAAAGUUCAACAAAAAUAAAAGAAAUCGAUGUUGUACAAACAUGAUGGAACCGCACAGGAAAACGAUGCAAAACAUUUGCAUUACUGGCAAUUUUUAUUACUUUUAUUAAUUUAAUUAUGCUCUCUGUAGCUAUUAUUUGUCCUAACAAUAACUAAAAAUACUGCAGGAUUCUAAUGUGUAAGUGUAAUUUGUAUCUUUUUAAUAAUUCAGAAAAACUAAAUUAUUUAAUCGUGUAGUAUCACAAAAGUUGCACCAAUGAUAAUUAAAGUUUUGUUACUUAAAUUAUCGCUAAUUAUUCUUUGGACUGUACUUUAAAUACAUACACAUAUAAACAAUUAGCGAUUAUUCUAAAUAUUAUUGAAUUACAUAUUAAUUAGCUGUAACACAUAGUUUACAAUGAUUUGAAUUAGAAGCUACGAUAUUUAUUCUAAAGGUAGCUAAUUAAAACAUGG